AGUAAAAACGAGAGGGUGAAUGAAAGCAAGAGGGACGAAGCAAAAAGAGCAGAAAGAGAAUACGGCAGGGGAAGAUUUUUUGUAAUACAAACUGGAAACUCUGAAAUAGAAAUGACAGCAGGAGGGGUGCUUUUAGCUUUACUCUUGUUCCUGAGUGCCAGUGUGCCAUGUUUCUCAGUGUACAACAGUGGCGAGUGUUUCUUCAACACAAAAGGGAGCUGUGAACACAUGGGGAAGGUGUUUGAUAUAGGAGAGAGCUGGGUAACCAGUGACUGUUACCAGUGUGUCUGCAUGGAGCCUUUUGGAGUAGGAUGCUGUGAACACGGAUCUCAACCUGUGGACUACCCUGAUUGGUGCGAGAUCAUACGUAAACCUGACUCUUGUACGAGUGUUGCGGUGAUGAGGGUCAAUCAUAAACUACCCUGCCUCUGGGGACGAGGCCGUCUUAGACCGGCCUCAGGACAGCCAUGGAAGUCUGACAAUGAUCCUAUGUUUUGAGUUCAGCAAAUGAUCCAAAAAUAGCAAUAUUACUAUGUGUUGUGUUCUCUUGAAAUUGUACUGUUGAUGUGUGUUAUUGAUGACUCUGUCAUGGGUCUGAUUUAUUUAUUGUUAAUGCCUUAGGCUUGAAUUAA